AUGGAAGAUAGAAAUAAUGUUACUGAAUUUAUUCUCUUGGGACUUUCUACGGACAAGAAAGUCCGGAUCCUCUGCUUUUUAUUUUUCUUAUUCUGUUACCUGGCUAUUUGGUUGGGGAACUUGAUCAUCAUGAUUUCUAUUUCAUGCAGUCAGCUAAUCACCCAGCCCAUGUACUUCUUCCUUAACUGCCUUGCACUCUCAGAUCUCUUCUACACCUCCACUGUGACACCCAAACUCAUGACUGACUUACUGCUGGAGAGAAAGGUCAUUUCCUAUAAAAACUGCAUGACACAGCUUUUCACCACACAUUUCUUUGGGGGGAUUGAGGUCUUCAUCCUCACAGGAAUGGCCUAUGACCGCUAUGUGGCCAUCUGCAAACCUCUCCACUACGCCAUCAUCAUGAACAGGCAAAGACGUCACUCAAUUCUCAUAGCAUCAGGUGCCGGGGGACUUCUUCAUUCUCUUGGUCUAUUUCUUCUUGCAAUUGUUUUACCUUUCUGUGGCCCUAAUGAAAUAGAUCACUAUUUCUGUGAUGUAUAUCCUUUGUUGAAACUAGCCUGCAUUGAUACACACAAAAUUGGCUUUUUUGUCAUUGCCAAUUCUGGCUUGAUGGGACUGGUGAUCUUUGUGGUUUUGAUGGCCUCCUACAUUUUGAUUUUGUAUAACGUACGCACAUAUUCUGCAGAAAGCCGCCAUAAAGCACUUUCCACCUGUAGUUCCCACAUCACAGUCGUGAUCCUCUUUUUCAUACCUGUCAUCUUUGUUUACAUUAGACCUGCCACAACAUUACCAGAAGAUAAAGUGUUUACACUCUUCUACACAAUUAUUGUCCCCAUGCUCAACCCGCUUAUCUACACACUUAGAAACAUGGAGAUGAAAAAUUCCAUAAGAAGAGUUUGGUGCAAUAAAAGGUUCUGGGAAGGAAGGCUAAUGAUUUGAAGGUCAUUCAUCUUUGAUGCCAGUGACUGUCUUCUCAUCACUCCCUCUGUUGCUGAUUCUCUCCUGCUAAUGGGAAAAUCAGUCAGAAUGUGUAAAAGCCAAGUCUUCUAAAACAGCUUGUCCUCAGUGGUUCCUGCUUUUAUUUUCCUCUCAAUGCAUUUUCCUUGAUUUCACUUUUCACUAAUAAUCCUCUUUGU